AUUCUCCUGCAACUUUAUUCUCCUUUUGCUUCUGUGUUUCUUUCUCAUCUGCAUCCUCAUCAUCUACAAAUCGUAGAAUCUACACUUUUCAUCAAUACUCUUUCUCUCUUUUCUCUCUCGAAUCCACCCUCCUUGUAAUUCUCUCUCUCUCUCUUUCCUUCCCUCUCCCACCCACAUCGAAAUCACUUGGGGGAGUUUUUCGUUAUCGUUUUUUCUCUCAUUUUUGUGACAAAAAGUUCGUUUGUUUCCUCGUUUCUAGUCCAGUGCUGCUCAUUGUGUCCAAGUUAGUGAAUUGUUUAACUUCGGAGUCAGAUUAAUCUAUCGCUGUUAAUUAGUAUGGUUGACCGAAUGUAUCUUUUAUUGGUCAACUUAUUGAUUGUAAUGAUUAAUCACUGAUUCAGUACUUAUUAAAAGCCUACCAUGAUUGCGGUAUGUGAAUAAAAUGGAUGAAAUAUAAAAUUCAAUCAAUUACCAGUUUGUGGUUGAACUGAAUCGGCACCAUCAUGAUUAUAUUGUCUUCAUGCCAAUGGCUCGUCCUAAUGAUGAUUCAUCUUUACCAAUCUCUUUGGUGGUGCCAGUUAUCGUUUAAGGUAAUCAAUGCCAAUCCAGACGAGCAACGACUUUUCGAAAAACUAAUGACAAAUUACAAUGCACUUUAUCGUCCAGUUGGUAAUUUCUCUGAUAAACUGCUCAUCAAAAUGGGUUUGGUACUUUCUCAAAUAAUUGACAUCAAUCUUAAAAACCAGAUAAUGUCAAGUAAUGUUUGGGUGCACCAGGAAUGGUAUGAUAUGCAUCUAACUUGGGACCCUGAGAGGUACAGAGGAGUCAGGAAGCUUCAUCUACCCGCUGAAAAAAUUUGGCUUCCUGAUAUGGUUUUGUAUAAUAAUGCGGAUGGUGAUUACGUAAUAACUAAAUUAACCAAGGCGAUUGUAACAAGUGAUGGUAAAGUGAGUUGGAAGCCUCCAGCAAUAUUUAAAAGUUCGUGUACCAUUGAUGUUGAAUAUUUCCCCUUCGACCAGCAAACAUGCCAAAUGAAAUUCGGUAUAUGGUCAUACGAUGGUUUAUUGAUUGAUUUAAAACAUAUCAAUCAACAAGAUGAUUCGCCAGAAAUUCCCAUUGGAAUGGACUUGAGCAGAUUCUAUCUUUCCGUUGAAUGGGACAUUAUGGAUGUUCCAGCUGCUCGACAUGAGAUCUACUAUUCGUGCUGUUCAAAUCCCUACAUCGACAUAAGAUUCAAUAUAACCCUUCGUAGGAAAACUUUAUUUUAUACCGUUAAUCUUAUAAUCCCUUGUGUCGCCAUUUCAUGUCUUUGUAUAUUUGUCUUUUACCUUCCCUCGGAUUCUGGAGAAAAGAUCUCAUUGAGUAUUUCGAUUAUGCUUUCGUUGGUUGUGUUUUUCCUCCUUCUCUCUGAGAUUCUACCACCUACUUCCCUUGGAAUCCCACUUCUUGGUCGUUACCUUUUAUUUACCCUUAUCUUGGUAACUCUUUCAGUUUGUUUGACUAUCAUGGUACUUAAUAUAAACUUCCGGUCACCAUCGACCCACCGGAUGGCUCCUUGGGUAAAAAAAGUCUUCCUUAAUAUUUUACCUCGAAUGCUCAAGAUGAAAAGGCCAAACAAAAAGGAUAAAGAAAAUUUCUCUUUACAUGGUCAUCAUCAAACAGCCAAUUUAUAUUCAACUAACAGCAAUCUCAACAGAACCACUGAUGAUAAUGUUGAUUUUUUCCCUACCCCUGGUGAUCUUGAUACAAUUGAAUCAAGAAUAAUCAACAAAGAACCAAUCAAUUUAUAUUAUAAUCAUGAUCAUACACCUUUACAACCUUCACUGCCCUUAUCUAAUCCCUCUCAUCAUCGACCUGAUUUACAUGCAAAUUUUGUGCUUCCCCUUUCCUCAAUUGACCCAACCAUUGACCCAACCUUACCUGCUUACAAUGAGGCAAUAAAUGGUGAUAAUAAAACUGUAAAUGAGACUUUUGACACUUCACUUGAUCUACUCAAUGAUGAGAGCUGUAAUUCCGACGAGAUGAUGACUAUGAUGAUGAUGCAACCAAUAAAUCAUCAAUCCAAAGCUAAUUCAUCAUUUCAUCAAGCAUUAAUUAGCAUUCAAUUUGUUGCUCAACACAUGGAUAAUCUUGAUAACUAUCACGAGGUUGAAGAAGACUGGAAGUUCGUUGCCAUGGUUCUUGAUCGGCUGUUACUUUGGAUCUUUGCGAUCUCUUGUAUCGCUGGUACGGUUGGAAUAAUUGCUCAGGCUCCGAGUCUUUAUGACACUCGACAACCAAUCGAUGUCUUGUACAGUAGAAUCGCUCAACGAAUGCGCUAUUAAUGGAACAUUAUUUUCCUUUUUAUUGUUAAGAUUGUUAAUUUACUUUAAUCUAAAUUUGAAAAUUAAAACUUCACAAAAAA